AUGCGGAUGCACCUGGGCGCGCUGGCCGGCGCGGCGGCGCUGACCGGGGCGCUUAGCUUCGUGCUGCUGGCGACCGCCAUCGGCACGGACUUCUGGUACAUCAUUGACACCGAACGGCUGGAGAAGAGCGACCCGGGGGCUCAGGACCGGCUGGGCAACGCCAACCGCAGCCAGCCCGAGCCCCUGAGCUCCCACUCGGGCCUCUGGCGGACUUGCCGGGUGGAGAACCAGUGCACGCCGCUGAUGAACCCCUUCUGGCAGGAGAACGUGACGGUCAGCGACUCCAGUCGACAACUUCUCAGUGAGUCCAGGGAGGGCGAUGGUGGCCCCGCAG